AUGGGUCAGAAAGGCCAAUCGAAGGGUGAUAAAGGUAAUUCCCGCAAGAAGCAGGACGCUGCGGCCAUUCGGCCCACCCCACUCAGAGAUGAGAAGGGCACUUUGGUCGAGGAGAGCGCCGAAGAGGCCACCUCGAGGGACCGUGCAAAUCUUGCACGGGUCUUGACGGUGGUGCCGGAGCUCUCUCCGGCAUCACUCGCCAUCCUGAGUGAGUCUGUGAAGGCCCACCUAAGGAUGGUCACGGAGCACCACAUGAAGAAGGCUCCUGGCAUGCUCUACGGCCUGGAGUUUCCCUGGACCGGCCCUAUGUUGGAAGACUUCGGGCCCAGCUGGCUCACGGAGGCCUUUCACCGUGCAGGCAGCCUGGAGAAGUCCAACCGGGUCACGCAGGUCCGCGUGGAGAACAUCAAGGUCACGGCAGGCAACAACGCUGGCAAGUUCCUCUUCAACGUCAGGUACGCGAAUGAGCGGGCCGGGCUCCACACGAAACUCUUCGCGAAGGUGCCUUUCCAGAUGACCAAGGAAACGAAGCAGGACCGUCUCAGCAGCUCGGUGCUGAAGCAGCCGAUGGACUUCUUCGAGAUCAACACCUACAGGCUCGCCGAGACGACGCUGCCCGUCCCAACGCCGAAGUUCUACUACGGCGACAUCAGCAACCUCACCUCGAACUUCAUCCUCAUCACCGAGAGGGUUCCUUUUGUGGAGAUGGAUGGAAGGAAGCGCAGCCGCAAGCUGAAGCCCUUUGAGGUCGAGGGGCCGUACGACAAGUGCAAGGACUACCAACUCCGCGGCAGCGCCAAGGAGUACUACAGCAAGAUUAUGGAGGUGAGCGGACAGAUUGCAGGGGCAGACAAGUCGGGGAGGAUGGGUUCGCAGGAGUUCUUGGCCCAGAGCUACUCUACGCCCCGGGCCAGACUCGGUGACCCCCAGGCUUGGGGUGUGACUCCGCACGCGGCCUCUGGGGGGCCACCGCAGGCUAACUUGGCAAAGCUCAACACGGCCAUUCAGUUUUUCUCCGACACCGCCAAGGUGGUUUUCCCAAGCUAUGCGUCGGACCCGGCGUUCGUGCAAAAGUUCACGAAGACGAUGAUGACUUUCACGGGCUACUUCAACGAGCUCGAGUUCUGGAAGCACCAGGACCCGGCCUACGUGGCCCUGUCCCACGCAAACCUCAACGUGGAUAACGCCUACUUCUGGCGGGAUGAGGCUGCCACCCUGCACUGCGGGGUCCUGGACUGGGGGGGGUUUGGCGCCGGCUGCCUCGGCCACAAGAUUUGGUGGUACCUCAACUGCUCCGAGUGGCAGCCCAUCCAGGACCAUCUGGGCCACUAUGUCGACACCUUUAUCAGCGCGUACCGUGACGCGGGUGGCCCUGAGCUUGACCGGGAUCGGCUGCUGCACAUGGUGAAGCUCACCUCCCUGGGAAACCUCUACUUCAUGGUCUCGGCGGUCCCUGACUGCCUCCGCCAAUGCCCGGCCAAGGAAUGGGCCACCAUCAAGGAUCGGCGAGAUCCCCGCAUCGACGAGAACAUCGGCGGCAAAAGCACCCUGAG